AUGGACGUGCGUGCAGGUGGACCUGACCUUCCCUUGCCCCGAAAUGGAGUGCUGGCACACAGCUGGUCGUUUCAAGUAGUGCGGGAAGACAAACAAGCGAUUAUGGUCAGCUUUGUUUCGGUUACGAGGCACCGGCACUCAGAGGUAGCCUUUGAUCCCGGCCUGGUGGCGUCGACCGGUCUCGGCCCCACCUGGGCACGAAACGCGGGACGAGUCACGAUGACGCACCAGGGUGGCUGCUCGGCCACGACGAACGGUCUGUCUCAAGGUCGAUUCGAGCAAGCUCUGCAGUGGCUGCCGCCGCCUCCUCCGACACUUCGUCGCCCAGGCGUCGGUAAGGGCUAA